AUGGAGCGUGUGGGGGUCGGCCCCAAACCCCCGCUGACGCACGGGACAGCGAAGGUUCGGGACCGACGGGUGGCCCCGGGGCAGAGUGGUCGGCGAGGGCGGGGCGGGCGGGUGGCGGGCGGAGCAGCAGGCCGGCAGGGAGGGCGAAGCGGAGUGGAGCGGAGCGGAGCGCCGGGGCGCGGGGCGGGGCGGAGAGGCUCCGGGGAAGUCCAGCGGCGCGGGGCCCGCCCUAUAAAGGCGGCUGGGAAGCGUCCCGCAGCCAGUCCGCCGCUCGCCCCGCGUCUGGUCUCCGCCGCCCCCGCCGCCACCGCUGUCGUCGCCAUCGCCAUGGCUCGCGCCUCGCUCGUCGCCCUCUUGCUGCUGGCGCUCGCCGCCGCCCUCGCCCUAGCCGCCGCCGCGCCGCCGACCCUUCUCGAACUGACCCGGCUGCGGCGUUCGCCGGUGCCGGUGGCGGUGGCGGCCGGCGACCCGGGCCAUCACGGCCACGGCCACGGCUACGGCGGGGGCUCGGGCGGCUACUACCAGCGGCCCAGCGGCUACGGCGGCUUCGGCGGCGGCCACCGCGGCGGCUACGGCGGCCAUCGCGGCAGCUACGGCGCCUACCCGGUAGGCGGCAUCGGCGGCCUGGGCGGCGGCGGCGCCGGCGCCGGCUCCUUCUCCAGCGCCUCCAGCCAGUCCUCCAGCCAGAGCUUCGGAGGCGGGCUGGGCGGCCUCGGCGGCAACAGCGGCGCCGCCAGCCAGGCCAGCUCCAAUUCCAACUCCAACUCCUUCGGCACU